GAGGAGUUCCAGUUCCUGCAGGCGCAAUACCACAGUUUAAAGCUAGAAUGCGAGAAGCUGGCCAGCGAGAAGACAGAGAUGCAGCGGCAUUAUGUCAUGUAUUAUGAGAUGUCCUAUGGGCUGAAUAUAGAAAUGCAUAAACAGGCAGAAAUUGUCAAGAGGCUGAAUGCUAUAUGUGCACAAGUCAUUCCCUUCCUGUCCCAAGAGCACCAGCAACAAGUGGUGCAGGCUGUGGAGCGUGCCAAGCAAGUGACCAUGGCAGAACUGAACGCAAUCAUUGGGCAGCAACAACUCCAGGCCCAGCAUUUGUCACAUGGACAUGGUCUCCCCGUACCUCUCACUCCGCACCCCUCGGGCUUGCAGCCUCCAGCCAUCCCACCCAUUGGCAGCAGUGCUGGCCUUCUGGCACUGUCCAGUGCACUGGGGGGGCAGUCACACCUCCCAAUCAAGGAUGAAAAAAAGCACCAUGAUAAUGAUCACCAAAGAGACAGAGACUCCAUCAAGAGCUCCUCUGUAUCUCCCUCAGCCAGUUUCAGAACAGCAGAAAAGCACAGAAAUUCGACAGAUUAUUCUUCAGAGAGUAAAAAACAGAAAACAGAAGAGAAGGAAAUAGCAGCUCGUUAUGACAGUGACGGUGAAAAGAGUGAUGACAACUUGGUAGUUGAUGUUUCCAAUGAGGAUCCUUCUUCUCCGCGGGGGAGCCCAGCGCACUCUCCAAGGGAGAAUGGCUUGGACAAGACUCGACUGCUGAAGAAAGAUGCACCAAUUAGUCCAGCAUCUAUUGCAUCCUCCAGCAGUACUCCUUCCUCCAAAUCCAAAGAACUUAGCCUUAAUGAGAAAUCUACUACUCCUGUAUCUAAAUCAAAUACCCCAACUCCACGGACUGACGCACCAACUCCAGGCAGCAACUCCACUCCUGGACUGAGGCCUGUGCCUGGCAAACCUCCAGGUGUGGACCCACUAGCUUCAGGUUUAAGGACACCUAUGGCAGUGCCAUGUCCCUAUCCAACUCCAUUUGGCAUUGUGCCACAUGCUGGCAUGAAUGGAGAGCUGACCAGCCCUGGAGCUGCCUAUGCUGGUCUGCACAAUAUUUCCCCUCAAAUGAGUGCAGCGGCUGCAGCAGCUGCAGCGGCUGCAGCUUACGGGAGAUCUCCAGUGGUUGGUUUUGAUCCACAUCAUCACAUGCGAGUCCCAGGCAUCCCUCCCAAUCUCACAGGCAUCCCAGGAGGAAAACCAGCAUACUCAUUUCAUGUAAGUGCAGAUGGGCAGAUGCAGCCUGUUCCUUUCCCUCCCGACGCCCUCAUCGGUCCAGGAAUCCCUCGCCAUGCCCGUCAGAUCAACACUCUGAACCACGGGGAAGUUGUGUGUGCAGUUACCAUCAGCAACCCCACAAGACAUGUGUACACGGGUGGCAAGGGGUGCGUCAAAGUCUGGGAUAUCAGCCACCCUGGCAACAAGAGCCCUGUCUCUCAGCUCGACUGCCUGAACAGAGAUAACUACAUCCGUUCCUGCAGAUUGCUCCCUGACGGCCGCACCCUGAUUGUUGGUGGAGAAGCCAGCACGUUAUCCAUUUGGGACCUGGCAGCUCCGACUCCACGCAUUAAAGCAGAGCUGACAUCUUCUGCUCCAGCUUGCUAUGCCCUAGCGAUCAGCCCUGAUUCCAAGGUCUGCUUCUCUUGCUGUAGUGAUGGGAAUAUCGCAGUGUGGGAUCUGCAUAACCAGACUUUGGUAAGACAAUUUCAGGGUCACACUGAUGGAGCCAGCUGCAUUGACAUUUCUAAUGAUGGCACCAAGCUUUGGACAGGAGGCUUGGACAAUACAGUCAGAUCCUGGGACCUCAGAGAAGGGAGACAGCUACAGCAACAUGACUUCACAUCACAGAUCUUCUCACUGGGCUAUUGUCCAACUGGUGAAUGGUUGGCAGUAGGAAUGGAGAACAGUAACGUCGAGGUGCUGCACGUUACUAAACCAGACAAGUAUCAGCUACAUCUUCAUGAAAGCUGUGUGUUGUCACUCAAAUUUGCUCAUUGUGGAAAAUGGUUUGUAAGCACUGGAAAAGAUAAUCUUCUUAAUGCCUGGAGAACACCUUAUGGAGCCAGUAUAUUCCAGUCCAAAGAAUCCUCAUCCGUGCUUAGCUGUGAUAUCUCUGUGGAUGACAAGUACAUUGUCACUGGCUCUGGGGACAAGAAGGCUACAGUCUAUGAAGUUAUUUAUUAGAGACAAAUGUAAAUGCAGGCAGAACUCCUUCUCCUAGCACUUUGCUGUAUUUCUUUUUUUUUUUUUCUUUUUUUUUUCUUUUCUAAACUAAGAACUUAAAUGCUCAUCGCAGUUGUGGAAUUUAUUUUUACCUUCUUAAAGUGCUGUUCAUUUGUGAAUGCUCAUUAAGAAUUUGUGAUACCAAACUGUCAGAUAGCUAUUUGGGAGGAGAUUGAAUAAGCAUACUUAAUAGUGAACUUGACUCUUCAAUUAUGUAUUAUAGCUGUAAUGUAUUUAUUUUGUGUAAAGAAGGCUUUCUAACAAUGAACUGACUAAAUAAAGCUGUCUGGCCCGGCUUUAGUUUAAAAGGUGCAUUGAAUACUUUGUGUUUUUGCUAGUGGAUAAAUUGGGGAUUUUGGAGAAGGAUGUUCAAGAGAUAGUGAAAGCUACACUAAAUAGGCUUGUAGUUUCUAUUUAAAAAAAAAAAAAAAAAAAAAAAAAAAAACCUUUUUUAUUAAAAAAAAAAAAAAAAAAAAAAAAAAAAACCUUUGUUAUAUUUUUUAGUCCUGUUCUUGGAUAAGACCUCUAAGUGUUAUUACAGUAUAAUUAUUUGGUGGGAAGAUGCUGUAACUUAACUAUUUUAGACAGUCUUGGAAACUUAGGAAAUUGCAAACUGUAGCCAGUAAUCUACAUACAUGCCUGUGAUGAAUGGCAAAUUCAGUUCACAUCUAAAUUAAAUUCACUUUAAGUAAGAAUGUGCUAAUUUAUAUAUUUGCAAUGUUAAUAUAGCAUCCUGUGUACAGAUUUGUUCUCAAUGCUUUUCUGUUGAUGAACAUAAAGCAUUUUGGUGUCAAGCUAGGUUUUUUAAUAUAAACACCUCUCUUUGUUAUAUUGUAGAGAGUACAAUAAGUUGCCUCAAAGAAUCACCUUUGUUACUUCUGGAAACUUUUGCAAUGUUUCCUUGAAAAUGGGGAUAUGUGUCUUUGGGCAAUUUUUCAAUUACAAGAGAUUAUGAAAAAUAUUUGAUAUGUUCUUUGGAAACUGCACUGAAAUAAAAAUGGAUGCCUACCAAUAUACAAACUACAAAAGCAAUGACCUCCGAGGUAGGAUUUACAAGAGCACUCAUUCUGACAUACAAAAAGGAAUGAAUUCUCACUUGGGAAAAGGACUUGUUUUGUUUGCCAGCAGUUCAAUCCAAGUCUCAAUUGGAUGUCCCUAAAAUGGACAUAGACUGAGCCAUUGUGCCAGAGACAUGUUAUCUUUUUUUGUUGUUGUUGUUGCUGUUAAACUAUGAUCUGUGACUUUUUUUUUUUUGAAUGCUUUAAAAAAAAUCUUUAAGUCUGUGGAUCUGCUGAUGUACAGUGCCUUUGCUGCUAUGGAUCAAAAUCAAAAGACCCGUGUAGAUAAAUCUUAUUGUAUAAGUAGAAAAUUACUUAAUUUCAUACUAGAAAUGGAUUGAUGCUGCAAGUUAAAAUGGACUGUUCAUCGAAGUUCCAAAUGUGGUAGCAAAAAAUGGUGUCUUAAGUGCUUAGUGUUUGAUGUCAUUAACAGUUUCGUAAUAUUCUACAUUGUAGAAAGAUUUUGAUACUAAACUGUGUCAUUGUACAUAGUUCUAAUGCAUUGUAUUGACCACCAGUACUUCUAUAAUGGUAGAUUAUUGUUUGUGCAUUCAGACUUUUAAGCAUUAAACAUAAUUAACUUCUAA